AUGGUGGUCACUAGAACAUUGUUCUCAGUCUCAGCAACUCUAAUCAUAAUUCUAACACUCUUUCUUCAUGUCAAUGCAGUUCAAGAAACAGAGAAACUGAAACUUGAGAGCUCAAGAAAUACAUCAAUGACGGAUAAUUUAUCAGACGAUGAAUGGCAUGAACACGCCGUUAAAGACCCAGAAGAAAUAGCAACCAUGGUCGAUAUGAGCAUACGGAACAGUACAGAACGGCGGAGAUUAGGUUUCUUCUCCUGCGCCACAGGAAACCCAAUCGACGAUUGUUGGCGAUGCGAUCGAAAAUGGCAUCGCCGGAGAAAAAGACUAGCCAAUUGCGCAAUCGGAUUCGGUCGAAACGCAAUCGGAGGACGCGACGGACGUUACUACACCGUCACCGAUCCAUCAGAUCACGAUCCAGUAAAACCCAAACCCGGUACACUCCGAUUCGCCGUGAUUCAAGAUCGUCCUCUCUGGAUCGUGUUCAAACGCGACAUGGUCAUCACUCUGAAGCAAGAGCUAAUCAUGAACAGCUUCAAAACGAUCGAUGGUAGAGGCGUGAAUGUUCAUAUCGCUGGUGGAGCUUGUAUAACGAUUCAGUACGUGACGAAUAUUAUCAUUCAUGGGAUUAAUGUUCAUGAUUGUAAGCGAACUGGUAACGCUAUGGUUAGGAGCUCGGAGAAUCAUUAUGGUUGGAGAACAAUGGCGGAUGGAGAUGGGAUCUCGAUUUUUGGAUCUAGUCAUAUUUGGAUUGAUCAUAAUUCGUUAUCGAAUUGUGCUGAUGGAUUGAUUGAUGCGAUUAUGGGUUCUACUGCUAUUACCAUCUCCAAUAACUAUCUCACUCAUCACAACGAGGUUAUUUUGUUGGGUCAUACGGAUUCUUACACGAGAGAUAAAAUGAUGCAAGUGACCAUUGCAUUCAACCAUUUUGGGGAGGGUCUUAUACAGAGAAUGCCAAGGUGCAGGCAUGGAUACUUCCAUGUGGUAAACAACGAUUAUACUCACUGGGUUAUGUAUGCAAUCGGUGGAAGUGCUAACCCUACCAUCAACAGUCAAGGAAAUCGGUUCCUUGCCCCGGGAAAUCGUUUUGCUAAGGAGGUGACGAAGAGGGUAAAUGCAGGGGAAGGAGAAUGGAACCAUUGGAACUGGAGAUCCCAAGGAGACCUAAUGCUCAAUGGUGCCUACUUCACUUCAUCUGGAGCUGGAGCUUCUGCGAGUUACGCUAGAGCCUCUAGUUUGGCUGCUAAAUCAUCCUCCCUUGUAGGUAUGCUUACCUACAGCUCUGGUGCCCUGAAAUGCAGGAUCGGUAUCCGUUGUUAA